AUGGCAGUGUAUGGUAAAAUAUCUUACUGGAACGAGCGAUAUACAAAUGAAGAAGAGCAAUUUGAUUGGCACCAAAGAUGGUAUGGAGUGAAGCAUAUUUUUACAGAGCUUGAAAUAAAAAAUGAUGCAAACAUUUUAAAUAUAGGAUGUGGAACAUCAAAAUUUAGUGAAGAAAUGCUGGAUAGUGGAUACACAAAUAUAACCAACAUAGAUGCAUCAUCUGUAUGCAUAAAGAAAAUGCAAGAAAUAUAUAAUGAUAAACCCAACUUAAAAUACAUAUUAAUGAAUGUUUGUGAUAUGAGAGAAUUUAAAAAUGAAGAAUUUGAUUUAGUUAUAGAUAAAGCAUGUCUAGAUUCCAUAGUAUGUUCAGAAGAUUCUUUAAAGAGUAUUGAAGAGAUGUUAUCCGAAGUGUCUAGAAUAUUAAAGUCUAAUGGUAUUUUUGUUAUUAUAUCACAUGCACAACCAGCAUAUAGACUUGUAUAUUUACAGAAAGAGGAUUAUAAUUGGGAUAUAACAGUUAAGACUGUUCAACGUCCCAUGCUAGGAAUAGUAGCUCCACCUGUGGAUGAUAAUUUACACUAUAUAUAUAUUUGUAAAAAGCAAGAUACAAGCAAAUAA